AUGAGCUCGGUGCGUGUACGACUUAUCACGAGAGACGACUCUCUCAAAGUGGAUGAUAGUCCCCUGUAUGUACCUGUUGAUCUCAAAAGGUACGGUCUGAGUGAGGUGGUCAACCAGCUUCUCAGCACCGAAACCCCAAUUCCUUUUGAUUUCGUUAUCGAUGGAAAACUUCUCAGAAGCAGUCUGGACAAGUACUUGACAGAGCAGGGCUUGUCCACUGAAUCUGUUUUGACCGUUGAGUAUGUCCGUUCAGUCUUGCCGCCGACAUUUGUAUCUUCUUUUGCCCACGACGACUGGGUUUCUAGUGUCGACAUUAACGAUGCCAGCCAGAAAAUUGUCACUGGUUCGUAUGACGGUGUUGUUAGAUUAUGGGACUUUAGUGGAAACGUCACAGACCAGCUGGCUGGUCAUACUGGCGCUGUUAAAUCCAUCCAGUGGGUGUCCGAUAGCCACCUGGUUUCGGCUGGUGCUGACCGGAACCUCUGUCUCUGGAAAUUGGGCGACGAAAAGGCCAAGAUUGCUUGUAUUUUCCAGGGUCACACCGGACCUGUCAAUUCGACUUGUACUCUUGCGUCUGGCAAGAUUAUCAGCGGUAGUUCUGAUGGAACGCUCAAGGUCUGGUCGACUCGGGUUAAAGAGCUGCCCGAAGCUCCCGAGGCCCCCACUUCAACCUUCACAUCCACCAAGAAGCGCCGGAAGCUUGCAGAGCAAGCGCUCAUUUCACAGCGGGUUCGUGGCUCUCUAGCUACUCUUGAGGGCCACACCGCUCCGGUUACUGGCUUAGCAGCGCACUCUUCCGACGCCAAUGUGGUUUACUCUGUGUCUGAAGACCACACCCUGCGCACCUGGGAUCUCGUUACCGACCGCCUAAUCGACACCAAGGCCACUGCCUUCUCUCUUCUCUCGGUUGCCAACAUGGGCCCGACUACCUCGCUUAUCGCAUGCGGGUCAUCUGCACGACACAUUUCGUUGAUUGAUCCUCGCACAAAAACUACUACGUCUCAAGCACAACUAAUCGGUCACCGCAAUUUCGUUGUCGACUUGGCGGUCUCUCCAAACAACCCAUAUAUGCUGGCGUCUGCUUCUCAUGACGGUACUACCCGGUUGUGGGAUGUGCGGGCCAACAAAAGCAUGUACACCGUUGCCCGCAACGCUAAAGAAGACAACGACGUGUACUGCGUCGCAUGGAAAAGUGUACUGGCUGCUGGAGGCAAAGACAAGAAACUGGAAAUCACGCAGGUGCCGAAUUCUGAGCUGGCUGCCUAA